AUGCUAGAACUCGGCCUGGCUUCGAAGGGUUUACAAGAGGCAAUCAGUCUUGGAUGGGCCUUUACAUGCCCACUGGAAGGCCUCAGUGUCCUCGAUUGUCUGUUGCCUUCUGCCAAGAACAACCUCGAGCUCCGCAAGACACCAUCGAAAAAAACCAGCAGGAUCCAGAAAGCUUGUAAAAGCCGCAUGGAUUACAAUGGGUAUGUUGCCGAAUACAAGCUUCAGCUCGUAAGAAUGCCCUUUCAUGUUCCUCCAAGCUUGACCAGAGGGUCGAGUCAGGAAUGCGAGUACAAAGAUGAGCCCAGUCAAUGCGAGACUGAUCCUCCUUUGGGCAUACUCGAGCCUUCUCCCACUCUCGUUCGGACGAUUGGUAAGACUCGCAGUCAACAUAUCUCACAAGCCAAACGUGCCAGGUUGCCAUCAUCUGACAAAACCGACGACAGCAUUCUUAGACCUAUAACUCCUCCACCCAUAAUCAACGAUCUUGCUCGUUUUGUCAAGCGUGCAAAGUUAAGCCCAAUGCUUCGCAUAAAGGAUAGCUCCAACACACAGGAUCGCCGCUUUUUUAAUAACCAGUUAUCUCACCGUGGCUCAUUGAGUGUAUCAGAUGCUCAGCGGACCAAAGAUGUGCUCCGGCGCCGUUUGAAGAACUUGUCUUCAGAAGCUGCAGCUCAAGCUGUCGUUACGAUGCACGCUGACGUUGAAUGGAGGCGCGUGUGUUGUCUGGCAACGGCUUGGGAAAUCUAUGCGAGUGAAGAACACUUGAAGUUCCUUCACAUGGUUCUUGAAGAUCAAGGUGAAAGAUAUGCCAGUGCUGGCAGUGAGCCUUUUGGCACGUCAGUUGAAGGGCUCGUUAGCUGUAGUGAGGAGGAACUUAAAGAUCGGAUAGACUUUGGUGUCGCUGCAUACAGCCAUGAUGUAACGUCAUUCGCUGUUGGAGACACACAGUUGGAUUACCUCGAGAAUACAUACUCAGACGAAUCUGAUGACUCUGGCAUCGCUCUCACGCACUCGGAAGAAGACCGAUCCAGGGGAAUAGUUCUGGGACAAAGUUUCCCCUGUAACUUUACCAAUUGUGAUGUGGGGCAUGAGGUCCCCAUUGUUAUUCUCUGUUUCCUUCUGUUUGUCCCUGUGACAUACUGCCAGCAUCUGACGUUAGACUGGGCUAGUACUACUCAAUUGCCCAACUUAGGCCAGAAAAUCUUGCAACAAAUUGAAGACCGGCAUGGGUUUGAUCAGUGGGGCCCUCUUGUACCCGCCGCGGCCGUGUUCAACUCGAAUUUACGCUACCUGUAUCGUGACCACACUCCUACUACUCGCAAGACAUCCCUGACUCGGACUCUCAGCAUUGACAUGGCCCUGGGCAACCGAGUCACACUGAAUCAGGAUGGUCCGGCCUGCCACACCUCAAUCGUUCUGAUUCAGCCUGAACCUGACUUAGUACCAGCAGGUGGCUACCAUGCUCAAGCUCACAGCCCCCAGCUGGGGUAUGGCGAUGAUCUUCAGGCCGCUAAUUCCUCUAACUUGAAUGUGCAUGAGAGCUCAGAUAAUGCAGAGUUAUUUAACUACGGUCAUGGGUAUCAUAGUCUUCACCUAUACGACGGCUACUCAAACACUCCCUGGCAAGGCUACAACGACGGUAGUACUAGCACCAAUUUUGGUGCUCACGGUGACUACCUGUCUGCGGGCAGCAGCAGUCAGUUGCGUAUGGAGCCACCGCUGCAUACAUUCCCAGACGGGCACAAUGCGGUCGUCAUCCCUCACGCUGGUCCCGUCCCUCACACUGAUCCCGUCCCUCACGUUGGUCCCAUCCCUCACACUGAUUUCGUCCCUCACACUGGUCCUGUCCCUCAUGCUGGUCCCGUCCACGACUCCAUGGCUCUGCAUACCAUACACAAUCUUCAACUCCCUCCUGACGCCUAUACUAUGGCAUCCAGCAGCUCGCACAACGAGUACUACUUCGCGAGAUCUCACAGUGACUCGAACGACCCUCAGCCCCCCUCUGACCCCAUGCCUCACGUGACACAAAAGUUGGGCCAGAGUGUUCGACUGAGCAGCCGUAAAGCUACAUGCUCUCGGACAAAGUUUCUCACCUCCAAACAAAUCCCCCAGGAAUCACCUUUGUCCAUGAUACAGGCGCCCUCGUCGUUGUCACUAGUCUUCACAUCGCUGGAGUUUAUACGAGAUGUAAAAGAGGAUGCUCGAACGACCAUGUUUAAGUUUUUAUUCAAAGAAAACCUUUUCCCAUCCACGAAAGAGAACUCUGCUAUCGCUAAGAAAGCACUGGACGAUACAAUCACUCGGUUCUCUACCACCAAAGGUGUUAAUGGGGUUGAUCUUGUCCAUUGGAAAUCUGGGCAAGAUGGUAAAAAUUUACUUGCGAGGAUGAAAGCGGUUGUGAAGGAAAUACACAAUGACUUCAAGCAGGUCGCCACGUUCUCUUGGAUAUCUGCCUAUGCAUUGAGUCACAACAUAUCCAUGACUAAAUUUGACAUGCAAACAGCGCGGAUCACAAGACUGACUGCCCUGCUGUCAAAUUUUCUAUUCGCCGAUGAGGUCAUUCAGAUGACUAUGGACAAUGGGAUAAUUAUAAUGUACCGAAUCCCGUUUGGCCACCUGGCCAUCUUUGACUUGCUAGAACAUAUAAUAAACAACAUGCAGUACUCUCAUUACGUUUCUUUCGACCAAGAAGACUGGAAACACUACCUCACCAAUGCCAUCUUCCUUGCAGCAACUUCACGCAGUUGGUCGCUGGAGAAAGGUUUGGCGGGCCCUUGGUCUGGGGCUAUAGUGUUGGAGUCCGAGGAAAACAGGGCCCAUUAUGAAACCAUGAAGUCUCGCCUGCCCGCGUUGUCUCAUGAUGAAACGUUGAGGGUAACUCUAGAUCCUGAACACAUCCUGGAGAAGUCACAUGAAGUGCAUCAUGCAAAGCGGUUGUUUGGAUCCAAAGGAUUUGCCAAACAACAACAGGUCUAG